AUGAGCAUGGCGUCGUAUCUUCGCCUCGGGAGAUACGCCUCUCUGAAUUCCCUCUCCCUUCUCCACUUCCACAACCCACCGCUUCCCACCGUCAGAUGCUCUUCUUCUUCUUCGUCUUCGCCGUCAUCUUCCGGUAACCCUAAGCCGGAUAAGAAGAAGCUCGGGGAUCGUCUUUCGUCGGUAAUCGACGCCGUCAACGAUCAGAAACUACCACCCGAACUUCGUGGCCAGCGCAAUAUUGUUAGGUCAGAAACUGACUUGAUCAACGUUGUUGAGCAAAGAAUAUGGCAUUCAAUGGAAGAAGGCCAAUUCGAAAACUUGCCGGGGAAAGGAAAGCCGCUUAAACUUGACACAAAUCCUCAUGCAGAUCCAGCUGAAGACACGUUAUACAGAAUCCUCUCCAAGAACGGAUGUGCACCGGAGUGGGUUGAACUUAACAAAGAGAUAAGAUCUAGAAUAUCUCAAUGGAGGAUGUCAUUGAAGAAAGCUUGCGCAAGUAAAUGCAGUGGAGAUCAGUCUACGUGGGAUGAAAGUUCAGAGGCUUUGAAAUCGCAGUUAAAAGAAAUCAAUGAUAAGGUUUUUCGGUAUAACCUCAUUGUGCCUUUUGGUCGGCAAAUGUCCGGUCUUAAGUGGGAGAAAGAGCUAGGUUAUUUAGAAGAAUGA